AAACACUUCAAAGCGCCGUAUAGACCAAUCACAAUCUUAUUUCACAUGUUCCAAAGCGUUUUGUAGCCCCAAACGGAUCUUACCCAUGAAAAAUACAAACCCUUUCAGUCAAGCAUCAAAAUUUCCGCAAGUAUAAUUCCUAAAGUCACAUGAAAUUUAAAAUAGCUUACUAAUGGCAGCGAUUGAUAAAGUCAAAAUUAUCGUAGUGGGUGAUUCUGGCGUUGGUAAAACAUCUUUGACGCAUUUGAUAUGCCAACAGCAACCUAUCAGCAAUCCUUCUUGGACAGUAGGUUGUUCAGUGGAGGUCAAGUUACACGAGUAUAAAGAAGGAACUCCUAAUCAGAGACGAUAUUUUAUUGAACUAUGGGACGUUGGUGGUAGUCAAAGCCAUAAAAAUACGAGAUCCGUGUUUUACAAUCCUACAAAUGGUAUAAUAUUGGUACACGAUUUAACGAACCGUAAGUCGCAACAGAACUUGCAGAAAUGGCUGGAGGAGGUUUUAAACAAAGAUGGGACUUUCUCCAGGUCUCGAUCAUUUGAUGACUUUGAUCCUGAGAAGUUUGUGGGCUCAACUCAUAUUCCAAUUUUAGUGGUUGGUACAAAGCUCGACUUGAUUCCAGAAGUGAAAUCCAAUGUGCAUAGACGUUCUUCAACCAUCGCGGAGGAAUGUGGUGCCGACGAAAUAUUUUUGGACUGCCGUCAGAUAAGAUCUUUAGCAGCUGGUUCCAGUUCGUCCGUGAAGCUCAGCAGAUUCUUUGACAGAGUCAUUGAGAGACGCUAUUAUGCCUCUAGAGAAGGAAUCAAUCUUGACAAACGGAGACCGCCAUUGUAUUCUUCUUCAGUUUACACAAAGUUCUAUCAUAAUGACUAAGCGACAUAUAAACGUCUUGACGGAGUAUUAUUCUGUUACAUAAGACAAUUCGGUUUUGCAAUGUGACAUCACCACAGAACUGUGCAAGUUAGUCACAAAGUAACGAUCAUGCAUUUCUUUAUCCACAUUCCUGAUCUUCUUACGGAAGUGUUUUGCCGAAUGUGCUCAAGAUAUGACUGUGAACAAAGUAGCUAAAAACAAAACAAAAAGUAAAUUUUAUAUAUAUAAUUAAGAAUUAAUAUUAUACAUAGUAUAUAAAAAAUAUAUAUUAUAUAAAUUUAUUAUAAAUAAUAUAUUAUAAAUAUAUUACGAAUAUAAAGAA